UCCGGUGGGUUUUUUUUAUUGCAGUGAUCUCGAGGCAGCGCUCGCCUGUCUAAGAACAGAUGAUGUUCAGUGCCAGGAUCCUGACAAGACAACCAUGAUCACCACCUCGGAAAUACUGCUACAGUUAUCAACCAGGUGUAAUUUCACAGCCCCUCUGUCAGACGGAUGUACAAAAAGACGGACUACGUGCAUGACGAAUGUAAAUUUGGACCCUCCAACAGGAGACAAAAUAAAAUACUGCAGGACUCUAGGUGAAGCUGUUUCAUGUCUGCGAGCAGAUGACGCCCAAUGUCAGGAUCCUGACAAAACGAUCAUGAUCAGCACCUCGGGAAUAUUAAAACGUAUAACUGAUAACUGUCGACAUAAACCUGCCUUUCCAGUUCCAGCUGGGUGUAUGGAUAGAAUGAAUACAUGUCUUAAUGGUGCCACUCUUCAUGUACGUAACUGCAGUGCUUUUAAGGCCAUUCUCGCAUGUCUGUUGACUAAUGACGCAACAUGCCAGGAGCCGGACAAGUCACUAAUGAUCUCCAUGUCGAGUAUAGCAGUGAGAGUGUUCUCGUGUCACAGUGCUGAGCUCACAGAUGAGUGCAACAUAAACGACUGUAGUUAUAAAGGCACAUGUGAACUGCAAACAGCACUUCAACUGACGUGUCAAGACUCGAAGCUGAAACAAUGUGGAAAACCUCAAGGCCCGUACUCUUUGUCGAACCUUGUCAAAGCAGCAUCGAAAAUGUGCGGAAUUAUGCCACAACUUUCCCAACUGCUACUAAUUCUUAGUACCUGCCCGACUCAUGCAGCGUGUCAAGUUAAAAUCUACACCAGUAACCUUACAAACUUGAGCUAUGCUGAAGUGGUUUGUCGGCAGUACUUUACAACGAUGAAUUGUAUGCUGAAAAAUAUCAAACCCUGUCAGGCCAUAGCAACUCAAAGUGAGCAAAAGUCGCUGACUGACAUGAGAGAUGAAUUUGCCAAGUUCUGCCCAGAUGUUUUCUUUUCUGGAAACUGGACCCAAAUGUCACACGACUACAUCUUAAGUUGA